UGCAGUAAACAUGAAUAAUUACAUCAAAUUUAUGGAAGUGCUGGGCAAUGUUAAGCAUCUAAAACGGACUGGCUGGGUCUUAAGAAAGGUGAAAGAUUGUGAAACCGUAUCGGGUCACAUGUACCGGAUGGCGAUGAUGUCAUUUUUUCUGGAGGAUGGCCACGAAUUGGAUCGAAUCCGUGUGAUGGAAAUGUCACUUGUACAUGACCUGGCGGAAGGGAUUGUUGGUGAUAUUACGCCUUACUGCGGUGUUUCAAGGGAAGAAAAGCUGCUGAAGGAAUUUUCGGCCAUGACAGAGAUAGCUAAUCUGCUAGGCCCAAACCAGGACAGGAUGAUGGCACUGUUUAACGAAUAUGAGGAGGGCAAAACUGCAGAAGCAAAGUUCGUGAAAGAUCUUGACCGGCUUGAUAUGGUAAUGCAGGCAUACGAGUACGAAAAACGUGACAACUGUCCAAUGAAGCUGCAGGAAUUUUUUGACUCGACAGAAAAUAAAUUCUCGCAUCCACUGGUCGUUGAUAUUGUAAAUGCGAUAAAGGUUCAACGAGCAAACAGUGCAGCGGCCACCGACAAACCUACGGCUAAGUAAUGAAAAAUGCGGAUUGUAGUUACGAAACAUAAUAAAAACUAGAUCAACUGUUGAUUGUUACUAUG